UGGGAACUGUCACAUAACAAAUGUGAAGCAAAARCCUGSCUUUAAAUAAUCCGUCGAUAAUCACCUUCAGGUCAAAAAUUACCCAYAGACAUUUACUGACCAGCGUUAGCACUGAACACGUUCCAUCAACAUUUAUGAUCCAACAAAAAGGAAAAUUAAGGCAUUUAAUGGAGUUACAGUGACGAAAUAAAGUUUYCUUUCACUCAGUCYGACAGCUGGAAYGAGUUUAACCUGCAACCUGAUAAGAGUUAAACACGACAAGCGCAUGUAGUGGUGUUUCACUCUUUUAAACCCAAUUUGCUGCAAUGUUUGCACGGCAGCAUUUAACAAGCCACAUGACGCAAAAUGAUUCUGUUCAAUAAAUGCUGAGUUAUAUCCAAUAUAAGCAGUGCUCUUUAACAGUUUGACCAUAAUUACGCCCAAUUAUCACUGCUUUAUAGAAUGAUUCAUCACUGUGCGAGGCUGAUUAAAUUAAAGUCCCACGGCGGCGUGUGAAAGGCAGAGUCCCUGCUGCAGCGCGUGUUGUUCUGCCCUCUGCAUGGGUAAGACUACACGCUAGGUUAAGCACCAAAUUGGGUAACUGUCCAGCAACAGCACCUGCUGGAAAUGAUCAUCCCGAGCUGGAGAGAGACCGGGACUGCUUUGAUAACAACAAACAUUUUGGCCGGCAAUCGAUCCAAGACUGGACUUUUGGACUUAAAAUGCCAACUGUGAAAGACAAGGCAAAAGAAUAUCCAACUGUGAAGGACCUGCAGAAGGUUUUGGAUGCUUGUAAGCUUCACCUCCACCAAAUUGAUGAAGUAUGGCCAAAUAUAUACAUAGGAAAUGUAGUGAAGGUAGCACAAGAUAUGCCCAGAGGCCUCGGCAGCAUGGCGAGCCCCGAGGUGCAAGCGGGCAGCUAUGAGACCCCCACAGCUUCUGAACUGCACAGACUGAUGUGGACAAAGAAAGGGGGGAACAACCGUAUGGACGAAGUUUACCCCCGGAUCUAUAUAGGAGACAUGUAUGCAGCCAAAGACAAGAGGACACUCCAGGCUCACCACAUCACCCAUGUCCUCAAUGCCGCUGAUGGAAAAUACAAUGUGAACACAGGACCAAGCUUUUACAGGGACACURCCAUCACUUAUCAUGGAGUGGAAGCUUUUGACAUGCCGUCCUUUGACUUGAGUCCCUUCUUUCGCCCAGCRGCCAAUUUUAUCAAGAACGCUCUGAGUCUGCCCACAGGUGAGGAGGCUCUCUUGGCACUGAAGGUGCUUCUCGUCAUUAUCCACAUGUUAACUUUGGGAAGGCGAGACAGACUGUUGAAACAUUUGUCACUCAAUUCCCAUUACGGCAACCCCCAGUUGUGUUACUCAUUAAAAUGCAAAUCAAACACUAAACAUAAUAUCAAGCUAAUAUCUUCCCCCACGGUAAUCUUCUCAUGGGCUCAGACCUUUGUCGGGGAAAUUAGUUUUAAAUGGAUUGCCCUGGUAAUUUGUAAGCUAGACUUUUAUUGGACAUGGAAAUUACACAAUUAUGUUUGUGGCCUGCGUCUGCAUGGCCUGUUAUGCAAAGUGAAGUCGGUAUCUGACAUGACAGUAAUAAGAUGAGGCCUCCUUCUUCACAUGCCGGCUGAUCGGGGGGCUCCAGCGUGUGGCGGGGCCUGCGGUAAUCCCUGGCAGAAAUACACAGAAGCCAAGACAGUUCAAUUACUCGCUCCUCUGCUCCCUAAUCCUCGGGCCUGAUAAGAAACCUGGGAUUAACGUGUGUAGAAACAUUUGUUGCAACAUUGUUGAAAACUUUUACUUUGGAGUUAGAAGUGCUCUCUUUUCUGUGAUGUUCAUGGUUUUUAAUCCACAGAGGAGUAACAAAUUGGACGUUUAGAAUGAUGUCUGACACAAUAAUCCCUUGAUUGCUUGGUUGUAAAUGCAGAAAUAAAGCCWGUAGAGAAUGCCACAACAAGAAGAUGA